AUGUACCUUGUCGAUAACCACCGUGACCUACUCCAACCUGCUUCUGCUAUUAUUUUCAACUACUUCUUAUACGCCAUGGGUAGCAAUCUCUCUCAAACUUUUCCUCCCAAGCCUCUGUUUUCGGUCGAGCAAAUUCCUGAUCUCACUGUGCGUGAUAGUGGAAACGCCGGAUUGGGAAAGGAAACAUGCAAGGCGCUACUCAAUAAAAACGCCAAAGUGUACUUGGCUGCGCGCAGCAAGUCUAGGGCUGACGACGCGAUCGAAUGGCUGAAGAGCGAGACGAACGGGAAAACGCCGGUCUUCCUAGAGCUCGACCUUGGUAAUCUUGCCUCGGUGCGCAAAGCAGCAGAGGAGUUCAAGAGCAAAGAGCAAGAGCUGCAUGUGCUGUUCAACAACGCCGGUGUCAUGGCACCGCCUGUAGAGCAGCGAACAUUUGACGACUACGAUUUGCAGUUCGGGACGAACGUCCUGGGACACUACUUCUUCACUAUAUUACUUCUCCCUACCCUGAUUCAUACUGCCAAGAACUCACCACUCGCAAGCACAUGGACAUGCGCGAGUGAUCAACACUUCGAGCGCUUCGCGUGCAAGAAGCUGGGCACUCAUACCCUAUAUGCUCAGAGUAAGCUGGGUAACGUACUAUUUUCGAACGAGUUGGCCAAGCGCUAUGCCCACCAGGGAGUCAUUUCAAGCUCACUCAAUCCCGGAAACCUCCAAACAGAACUUCUGCGCCAUUUGCCAUGGCUGGCUUCGAAGAUUCUUAGCUUGAUUCUCUAUCCAGCCAGCUAUGGAGCUCUCACUCAGCUAUGGUCUGGAACUAUGCCCGAGGGCAAGGACCACAAUGGCAAGUUCCUGAUUCCAUGGGCUCGUAUUGGAGAUGCUGGAGUAAACAGCCAUAAUGAGCAACUGGCGGAGAACCUAUGGAACUGGCUGGAAGAGCAGGUAAAGGGCCAUUAG